AUGGAAAAUGAGGAAAGAACUCAAUUGGAUGCUCAAUAUCAAAAAGAGUUGAACGGUUUGAAGGAAGAUGUCUUUAGGCUUACUAGUCUGCUCGAGCAAGCUUUGAAAUCCAAGUCUGGAGAAGGAACAUCUUCUCAACCAUCGUUCACAACUCAAUUUCAGCCAAUGCCUACAGCUCCCUUCAUUCAGCCACCAGAACAUCAUGAUGUUGCUCAUUUCCUACCUGCUCAACCAGCAUUCCCGAUAAGGAUUCCCCAUAUUGUUCCGAGAGAAGAGGAGCCCCAAAGGGAUAGAACGGUGGACGAGGAUGGUCAAGAGAAACUAGCUGCUUUAGAAGAAAGAAUGAGGGUCAUCGAAGGAAACAAUUUGUAUGACCCGGUAAAGGCUGCCGAAAUGUGUUUAGUGCCUAAUGUGGUUAUUCCCAGAAAAUUCAGAGUACCAGAGUUUGUCAAGUAUACUGGAACUCAAUGCCCAAUAACCCAUCUUAAAGCAUAUUGUAAUAAGAUGGCGGAGGUGGUUCAUGAUGAGAAGUUAUUGAUCCAUUUCUUCCAGGACAGUCUGAGUGAUGCUGCUCUUGCCUGGUAUAUGCGUUUAGAUAACAUCAAGAUUAAAGGUUGGAAGGACUUGGUGGACGCUUUUAUUAAGCAAUAUAAGUUUAAUAUGGAUGUUGCCCCAGAUAGAUCAAGUCUACAAGCUAUGGAAAAGGGAAGUAAAGAGUCUGUAAGAGAGUAUGCCCAAAGAUGGCGUGAGGUAGCUGCACAAGUUAACCCUCCAUUGCUAGAGAGGGAAAUGACGGGUUUAUUUUCCAACACUUUCAAAACCCCGUAUUUUGAAUACUUGGUUGGUAGUGCCGCACAGAAUUUUUCUGAUCUGGUUUUCAUAGCUGAAAGGAUCGAACAUGCUAUUCGAGCAGGAAGAAUUGUAGAUCCAAUGGAAAAAAGAGGUUUUGUUGGAAGGAAGAAAGAAUCAGAAAUUCAUAUUGUCGAGAGGGGAGGAAGAGGAAGGAAAGUCUACCAAGAUAAUUAUAACUUCGAAACCAUCACACCUACUCCUUCCAUAUCCAACAUAAAAUUUGCUUCACCUACCCACAACCAAAAUAACCCUGCGAACAACCAAAGCAACAAUACCUACCGCCCAAGAAGAAAUUUCUCAGAGGAACAAGUACAACUUCCGCCAUUGCCUCUAACUCUCACUGAAAUGCAUAAAAGGCUUCUGAGCAUCGGCCAAAUAGCACUUGUUCCUCUACCCCCUUUACAACCACCAUUCCCUGCUUGGUGUAAGCCUGAUCAAAAAUGCGAAUACCAUGCCGGUGCCCCUGGUCAUAACAUUGAUGGAUGUAUUGCAUUCAAAAGGAAAAUACUCCAACUUAUCAAAGCGGGGUGGAUUUCUUUUGAUGAUUCCCCGAAUGUAAAAUCCAACCCUUUACCAAACCACGCUUCAGGAAGUGGGGGAGUCAAUAGCUUGGAGGUGGGAAAAGAGGGUAAGACAAUGCUGAAAGUCACAAAGGAUAGUUUGUAUGAGAUGUUGAAACAAGCUGGGUAUCUCAAAAUACCAGUCAAUGUGCAAGCUGUAGGAGGCAUGAGCGAAUACUGCAAAUAUCAUCAGCAGUUUGGACACGAUAUAGACUCUUGUGAGGAGUUUAAUUGGGAGGUGGAAGGCAUGAUGGCACGAGGGGUUUUUAGAUUAACAAAACAUGAAGAAGAUGAUUUGGUAGGAACAUUGACUAGUUAUGGCAAUAAGGAGGAAGUUUGUCGAUAUCAACCAACUGAAAGGGGUCCCCCUAAAAUGAUCCUAACCAAGCCUCCGAGUACUACUAGCGAAAAUUAUAAUGCCUUGCCUUAUAAUUAUGGUUAUUCCUUUUGUAACCCAAGUCUUACCCCAGUCUUCAACGCCGAGGUAGGAGGACUCACUAGAAGUGGGAGAUGCUUUACUCCCGAGGAGAUAGAAAACCAUAAAAAGGAUAAAGGAAAGAAUGUGGUAGAAACAGAGGAAGUUAAUAAGCCAGUAAGUGAUGAAGAAGCUAAUGAGUUUUUGAAAUUGAUGAGGCAUAAUGAAUAUAGCAUGGUGGAACAGCUUAAAAAGACGCCAACUAGAAUUUCCUUGUUGUCAUUGAUAUUAAGUUCAGAACUCCAUCGGAAUGCCCUUCAAAAGGUUCUCAACGAGGUAUAUGUUCCACAAGACAUCACAUAUGAUUCUAUAGAGCAUUUAGUGGGUAGAAUUCAAGCCACCAACUAUCUUUACUUCACCGAUGAUGAACUAGAUCCUGAGGGGGUCGGCCAUAAUAAGCCGUUGUACAUCACCGUAAAGUGCAAGGAUUGUGUUAUUGCGAAGGUGCUCAUAGAUAACGGCUCUGCUUUAAAUGUGUUACCAAGACAUGUGCUGGAUAAAAUGCCUAUUGAUGCCUCUCACAUGAAGCCCAGUACCAUGACCGCCAGAGCAUAUGACGGGUCACCUAGACCAAUCGUCGGGAAUAUUGAUGUUGAAUUGGUUAUUGGCCCUCAACCGUUCCAAGUAACGUUUCAAGUAAUGGAUAUCCAUCCAUCAUACAGUAUUUUAUUAGGGAGGCCUUGGAUCCACGCAGCUCGAGCCGUCACAUCCUCUUUACAUCAGCGACUUAAAUUCAUCAUCAAUGGGAAUUUGGUGACAGUGAAAGCUGAGGAAACUCUGUCAAUGACAAGAAAUAUAUCGGUCCCUUACAUAGAAGCUGAAGAAAGUACAGAUGGAAAUCUGCAUGCGUUUGAGGUAGUAAAUGCUGAAUGGGUACCAGAAAAAACUACACGAAGAAAGCCAGAAAUUUCUGAUGCAGUAAAAAUGGCUGCUAAAUACUUUCUAAAGCACGGGCUGCCGUUCCAGUAUGACCCUGCAACAGGAAUGCCGGAGAGGAUCAAUGCGAUAAAGAUGAAAUGUGCUGAUCAGAGGUUCGGUUUAGGUUUUAAGCCACGAAAGACGGAUUUCAAGAGAGCAAUCGAGUCAAAAAGGGAAAGGAGGUUGGCUCGAAUCGAAAGAAGGGAGCCUAAUGAGGGCCGAAUCAAGAUCCCUCCGAUCCACAUAACAUUCCCACGACCUGCACAAGUGAUCAAUACUGGAGGUGGAAUUGAGAGGAUGAGCAAAGAAUUUAGCGGUGCUACCAUCCACUAUCUAGAAGAGAUCAACAAACAAGAACCCCAAGGAGGUUUGGAAGAUGAAGAGAGCCCCUAUGAAGAACUACCCCAACUGACUGUGAGUGCCCUAGAAGAUGGUCUACCUGAGUUUGUGAGAAGAUUAGUUGAAGGGAAAGAGUUGAACAAUUGGGAAAUUCAAGAAAAGCUUAUAAAACAAUCCGAACAUGCAUGGGAGCCUGCAAAAGAGGAAUUAGAAUUAAUAAAUGUAAGUACCGAGCAUGACAAAAAGGAGUUGAAAAUAGGGAUGUUGAUCACUACAGAUAUGAGGGGUAAGUUGGUCGCCCUUUUACGGGAGUAUGUGGAUGUUUUUGCCUGGUCAUACGCUGACAUGCCCGGUUUGGAUACUGAAAUAGUAGUGCAUAGGUUACCUUUGAUUGAGGGUUACCAAUCAGUAAAACAGAAGCUAAGAAGGACAAGACCUGAUGUAUUGCUUAAGCUAAAGGAAGAGAUAACAAGACAGUGGGACGCGGGUUACUUAGAAGUAGUAGAAUAUUCUGAAUGGGUGUCUAACAUUGUUGCGGUUCCCAAGAAAGAUAACAAAAUCAGGGUGUGCGUGGAUUUCCGGGAUUUGAAUAAGGCAAGCCCGAAGGAUGACUUCCCGUUACCUCAUAUAGACGUGUUGGUGGACAAUGCUGCUAAGAGUUCCACUUACUCUUUCAUGGAUGGUUUCUCCGGCUAUAAUCACAUUAAAAUGGCUGAAGUAGAUAAGAGAAAGACGACAUUUAUCACCCCAUGGGGAACUUACUAUUACAAAGUAAUGCCAUUCGGAUUGAAGAAUGCUGGAGCAACAUACCAAAGGGCAAUGGUAGCACUUUUUCAUGAUAUGAUGCACAAGGAAAUUGAGGUCUACGCGGAUGACAUGAUCGCAAAGUCCAAAGAUGAAAGCCACAUCCCAGCUCUGAGGAAAUUGUUCGAGAGGUUGAGAAAAUAUCAGUUGAAAUUGAAUCCUGCAAAGUGUACAUUCGGGGUGAAAUCAGGCAAAUUAUUAGGAUUUGUGGUGAGUAAUAAAGGCAUAGAAGUGGACCCCGACAAAGUAAAAGCCAUACAAGACAUGCCCGCUCCAAAGACCGAAAAAGAAGUUCGAGGCUUUUUGGGGCGCUUGAACUAUAUUGCCCGUUUUAUCUCACAACUUACAGUUACAUGUGAACCGAUUUUUCAAUUACUCCGAAAGAAGAAUCCUGGAAUAUGGGAUGAAAAUUGCCAAAAAGCUUUUGAUAAGAUCAAGCAGUACUUACAAAAACCACCAUUAUUGGUACCGCCCGUGCACGGAAGGCCACUCAUCCUAUAUUUAACCGUGACCGAAUCAGCUAUGGGUUGUGUGUUGGGGCAACAGAAUGAGUCAGGACGAAAGGAGCAAGCCAUCUACUAUCUGAGUAAGAAGUUCACCGAGUGUGAAUCCCGUUACAGUAUGGUAGAGAAGUUAUGUUGUAGCCUAGUGUGGAGUACGAAGAGGUUGCGACAAUAUAUGUUAUACUACACUACUUGGUUGAUCUCAAGAAUGGACCCACUGAAGUAUAUCUUUGAAAAGCCAUACACGUCGAGUAGAAUAGCUAGAUGGCAAGUACUGCUGGCUGAGUAUGACAUCAUCUACAUGACAAGAAAAUCAGUAAAAGGAAGCGCAAUUGCUGAUCAUUUAGCCGAUAAUGCUAUUGAGGAUUAUGAGCCAUUGAACUUCGACUUUCCUGAUGAAGAUGUGUUAGUAAUGGAGAAGGAAGAGAAGAGUGGUUGGUGGGCCAUGUAUUUUGACGGCGCAGUAAAUGUAUCAGGCAACGGGGCAGGUGCUGUGAUAAUUUCCCCAGAAGGAAAGCAAUAUCCUAUCUCGGUAAAGCUGCACUUUAGUUGUACAAACAACACAGCUGAGUAUGAAGCUUGCAUCCACGGAUUGGAAGCUGCAUUAGAGAUGAAGGUAGGAAAGUUAGAAGUAUAUGGAGACUCAAUGCUAAUAAUCUGUCAGGUAAAAGGUGAAUGGCAGACAAGGGAUGAAAAAUUGAGACCAUACCAGGAAUACCUCUCCAAAUUGGCUGGAAGCUUUGAUGAAAUAGAAUUUACUCACUUGGGGAGAGACAAAAAUCAGUUUGCCGAUGCGUUGGCUACCUUAGCUUCUAUGGCUAUAAUUGCUUGUGGUGCCAAAAUUCAACCUAUAAGCAUCGAGAUCAGAAAUUCUCCUUCUCAUUGCUGUUUGAUAGAAGAAGAAACGGACAAUGAACCAUGGUACACGGAUAUAAAAAGAUUGAUUCAGCAUCAAGAGUACCCGUCGGGAGCCUCGAAGGUAGAUAAAAGAACCUUAAGAAGAAUGGCCAUGGGGUACUACAUAGAUGGGGAGAUUUUGUAUAAAAGGUCAUUUGAUGGGACUUUGUUGAGGUGUCUGGGUGAUCUGGAAGCCAAUAAGGCCUUACAAGAAGUGCAUGGAGGGAUUUGUGCUACCCACGCAAAUGGACACAUGAUGGCUAGGCAGAUGCAAAGAGCAGGUUAUUUUUGGCUGACCAUGGAGAAGGAUUGCAUAAAUUUUGUCCGAAGGUGCCACAAAUGUCAAGUUUAUAGCGACAAAGUCAAUGCACCUCCUGCACCCUUAUUUAACAUGGUGUCUCCUUGGCCCUUUGCAAUGUGGGGAAUAGAUGUGAUUGGGCCUAUUAAUCCAAAAGCCAGUAACGGACAUCGUUUCAUCCUUGUAGCGAUUGAUUACUUUACCAAAUGGGUAGAGGCCUGCUCAUAUGCCCAUGUGACUCAGAAAGUGGUCAAACGGUUCAUCGAGAAAGAUCUAAUCUGUAGAUACGGUGUACCCGAGAGAGUGGUGACUGAUAAUGCUCAAAACUUCAAUGGAAAGAUGAUAGCGGAGCUAUGCACAAAGUGGAAGAUCAAGCAUUCCAACUCGUCCCCUUACAGACCUAAGAUGAACGGCGUCGUAGAAGCUGCUAAUAAAAAUAUAAAGAAGAUUGUUCAGAAAAUGGUGAUUACUUACAAAGAUUGGCAUGAUUGGCUUCCUUAUGCUCUCCAUGCAUAUCGAAUAGCAGUGAGGACAUCAACCGGGGCUACACCAUACUCUUUAGUAUAUGGAAUGGAGGCAGUGGUACCAUUGGAAGUAGAAAUUCCAUCUUUAAGAGUCCUCAUGGAAUCUGGACUCGAGCAGACUGAGUGGGUCAAGAUACGAUACGAGCAGCUAAAUAUGAUCAGCGAGAGAAGGUUAGCAGCAAUUGGUCACCACCAGUUGUAUCAAAGAAGGAUGGCCAAGACAUAUGACCGAAAAGUUCGCCCAAGAGAGUUCAAAGAAGGAGAUUUAGUAUUGAGGAAAGUUCUAUCACUACCAGGAGAAGAUCGCAGUAAAUGGGCGCCCAAUUAUGAAGGACCCUACAUAGUGAAGAAGGCAUUUUCAGGAGGGGCAUUGUUGCUAACAAGAAUGGAUGGGGAAGACGUAGUUAGGCCUGUGAACUCUGAUUCUGUAAAGAAAUAUUAUCCAUGA